CGAAGCCCAGUCAGUCAUCAAAUGAUGUGAGUGAAAACGGGUCAAUUUUUUGUGUAAACAAAAAACUCCCAAUAAACACAAAAAUUUCGGCUUGCAAAAUGGAAGAGACCAAAAUUUUGGAAAACGAAAUGACAUCACCAGCAGACAAGAUGAAUCCAGCAAGUGCACAGAAAGAACAAGACGGGUUAUAUUUAAUGCGUUUGUCAGAUUCUAAAGACUCACUUGACCCAAUGAACAAUGACAUUGAAAAGGAUCAGUCAAAAGUGGAUGUGGCAGAGAAUCAAGGACAACAGGAAGGCCAGACAAAAGAAUAUAACACAAUUUCCGAAGCUAAGCAAGAAAACGGUGAUAUAAAUGAAGACUCUGAUAAACACACUCUACAUAAAUCCAAGGAAAAAAGUCAAGAAAAGUUAAUUGACACGGAUUCGAAUAAAACACUUGCAGUGGAAGAGAACCAGGAAAAUAUCAAGGAUAACGAGCAAGGCGAAGAAAACCUGGAGAGCCUGAGCGGAAAAAAGGAAAAUGAAGAACUUAUCGAGGUCAAGGAUCUAGUCAUCCCUAAGGACACACAGGACACUACUGCUGAAUCGGAGCCUGACCUGGAGAAUACUUUGCCACCAACUCAGGAGAAACUGGAAUCUCCGGAGAAAACAAUGGAAACCAUAGCUGCAGAGGAGUCUACUAAAAAAGAAGAGCAAAACGAUCCACUGCAAAAAAUUAGACAGGAUAUGGAACAAUAUUUCAAUGGCAUUGUGGCCCUGGAGGAAAAAAAGAGAUUGCAGGACGAGAUGAACGCAAAGGAAGCUGAAGAUAUUAUUAAGGAAGAGCAGAAAAGGAAGAACUGGAUGGAAAUGCUUAUGGAAUUCAGCCAAGCCACAACCUUAUCAAGUUCGAGCACUUCAUCGGGAAAGACUCCUCGAUCCGUGGUCGCGGCCAUUUUGCAGAGGUCCGCCAAGGCGGAGUACAAGAGGAAGAUGAGCAUCCUCACAGAAAACUUAUCCUUUCGCCUGGGGCUGAUUAAGCAGCUCAAACACGACAUGAAAAACAACUUUAAGAACAAGGCCCAGCAACUCUACAGCGAAUACCACUCCGUCAAGAACCAGACACAGUACAGACCCACUUAAAGCGAAAUGCACACGGCUCACACCAUUCCAAAAAGUGGUCAACUGUAAGGAAUGAACUACUAUUACUCAGCAACAAAGCUUUGAAGGCAACACUACAUUCUCUUCAUCUUGAGAAGGACACACAAUUGUGACACCGAAGCCAAAUUUGAGGGACAUUGGAUCCAAUAGCAUUCCUAGAAGUAAACGAGCCUGCCGAAAAAAGGACGUUAUGACACUGUACCUCUUGGAUUCAUUGUGUGCACUUGCUUCUUUGCAUCUUAAAGAAGUGUAGCUGCAUCUCAUUAACUGAGUUCUGAAAGUACAGUCUUCACUUCGUGAGUCCCGCGGUAUGCAACAGUUUUUUUUUGCCCGGCAAACCUUAAAUUUGCGUCACUUCUGUUUUGCAUGUCGAAAUAAAACAACUCGCAGCAAAGACAAUGAAAAUUGACCCAAA